AUGACCAAUGCCACGACUGCUGAAAACAACAGCACGAAUUACUACGAAACCAACAAAGAAAAGUGCAACCAAACGUCAAAUAAUGAUGAGGAACUACAAAAAUGUAUUAUCAAUACGCUUCGUAUACUGCACGACGACUGCUCUAAUAACACAAGCAAUAACAGUUCCCACCUAAACAGCCAUUGUGCAGCUACCAACAAAAUAAAAUUAGAUUCAUUGAAUAAUACUAAAGAAAAUGAAAUUCAGGACAAAGACACAGUUUUGAAAUAUGUAUACAAAAAAGGCGACAAAGCAGAAAUUCCCACGAAAGAUAAAGGUCAUAUCAAAAACAGCUUACGACGAAAACGAGCGACAAAUGAAUUACACAGCAGAAGCCCACUCCCCAGCAAGUUCCAAAAGCCCAUAACAGUCAAUUAUGAAACAAUACAUGGACCUAGAGAAGUAGAACCCUUAGCACCUCUCCGAAAUACAGAAAACAAAAUACUAGGAGCCGACCUAGCUGACUUUAAUAUUGAAACUGUUCAUCAAAACACUGAUGCAAACAGCAAGGAAAAUAUAGCCCCUAAAACAAACAACGACUCGAGUGAGGAAGUUCAUUCAAAUGAAGCAAGCAAUGAAAGAAGUAACAACAGAAAUUCCGUUAGAAAUACUGAAGAUAGUAGAGAACGUGGAGAAUAUAAGAAUAGAAAAUCACAAAGUGAUCAUGACAGCAGUGGUGAAGACAGAGAUUACCAAAAUAGGAAACCCACUCGGGGCAGUUCUGAACGGGAUGACUAUAAAUCAUCUAAAUCAGAAAGUGAUGAAAGUGGUGAACGCGGUGAUUAUCGAAACCCGAAAUCUAGUCGUGAAAACGAUAAUAGUGCUGAGCACACAGGUUAUAAAAAUAGACAAUCUGGACAAUAUUUAGAUACUAGUGGAGAACGUGGUCACGAAAGGGGUGAAAGUGGAAACCGUGAAAUAAAUAAAAACGAUAAAUACAGACAAGAUCAAGACGACAGUGGCGAACGUGGAAAUUAUCAAAACAAGAGAAAUGGCUCCGGUGAAACUUACAGUAGUGCAGAGAGUAAUGAAAAUAAUCGCAGACCUGACACCAGACCUUCCUCGCGACAAAUUAAGGAAGACGAUUCAGGAAGUGAGGAAAAUAGGAAAAGUGAUCCCAAUAGUGCUGAAAGUCAAGAAAGUGCUGAGACCGGCAACAAAAGCUUAAAAUCGCGCGGUAGGGAUUAUGCGCCAAGAACAAAUGAAAAGUACCUUGAGAAUGACAGGUCUUAUGAAACACCGAAUCAUCACAGAAAGGGCCCAGAACUGUCAAAUGAAAACAGUGACGAAAGCAACGAAGGUAAAGAAACUAAACUACCACAAAAAGAGGCAGAUGACAACAAUCAAGCUUCACCAGCUCCCAUUCGUGAAAUUGACUUAGAUGACUUUAGCUAUGAAAGGGUAAACGUAAAUAAAGACGGGAAAGUUGAACCACUGAAAGAUAAUCUUGAGCUCGUAGAUCCCAAACAAGCUGUAGAAAUAUUACCACUUUCCACAGCUUCACCAGACACAGCUGAAAAUAAUAAUAAUGCACUGAAUUCGUUGGCAGAGAGUAAUGCUCCAGAAACUCCAAAAUUAGAAGGAAAUGAAAACAAACUAAUUCAGAUAGAUGAUGGCGAAGUUAAACCUGUUGUUGAAAUAAAUCCUGAGAAAGAUAGCGAAUCAAGUGAAGAAAAUAAUAAAUCAAACGUAAGUGAUGAAGUUGAAAGUUUAGAAUCAAUUUUAGGAGUAAAGGAACCAGAAAUUGUAAACGACAAGCACAAUGAUCAAAAUGACAAAAUAGUCGAGCAGAAGGCAGCUCAAGAUGGAGACGUAAAACAAGAAUUUGAAAGAAUUCCAUUGAAUUACAAUCAUGCUAAGAAAAGUGAAAAUGGGAACAGUCAAACUGAAGCCCCUAAAGAUGCCACAGAAGAAACGCCAAGCGAUGGUACCCUAGACGUUUUUAUACCUGAUAUCAAAUAUGACGAGCAUUUAAAAAUAAAGUUUGAUGAUGUAUCUAUUAAGUUACCGGACAUCAAAUUGCCAGACGAUAUUUUAGCAUACACUAGAGAUGGUUCUCCAUAUGCUCAUGAUGAUGACGAUGAUGACAAAAAGAAAGAUAAUGAUGAUAUUUCUAGUUAUAAACCAAGUUACUACCGUAAUUACGCCGAUAGAGGAAAAUCACAAGAUAAUAAAAAUGCUAAAGAAGAUGACGAUGAUUCAGAUGAUCAUAAUGAUGAUCACGCACCUCGUUAUUACGGAUACCAUGGUGACGAUGAGGAAAAACAACAAUAUAAAAAGAAGGAGGCAGAAGCGAACGAAGCAGACGAAGAAAGUGAUGAAGACGAAGAUUUGUACGAAAAGUUUGUUCGUGAACGAUUUGGCAAACGAGGCACAUUUGAGAAAAGGUCUGAAAAAUUAGAAGCUAUGAACCCUGUUAAUCCUGAAUUGUAUAAAACUAUUAAACACAUUCUUAAAAAGACUGCAGAUAUUGAUGAACAAGCUAAAAAGAGCGGAGAUCCCAACGCAGGUUACAUGUGGACUCUCGAGUAUGGAGAAAAGUUGUAA